GCACGGAAGGUCCUGGUGUCAGUGUCUCAGAGGAGAGACAGAGUCCUGCUGAGAGCAGUGGCAUAACUGUCAUCUACAAUCCUUAUGCUUCCCUUUCUAUUGAACAACAAAGACAAAAGCUGCCUGUUUUUAAGCUAAGAAAUCACAUACUUUACUUAGUGGAGAACUACCAAACGCUGGUGAUCGUUGGGGAAACAGGUUGCGGGAAAUCAACACAGAUUCCACAAUACCUGGCAGAAGCUGGCUGGACAGCAGAAGGAAGGGUUGUUGGGGUGACGCAGCCUCGCCGGGUUGCUGCUGUUACAGUUGCAGGCCGAGUUGCUGAUGAAAGAGGUGCAGUACUGGGACAUGAAGUUGGAUAUUGUAUUCGGUUUGAUGACUGCACGGAUCCACAGGCUACCAGAAUUAAGUUUCUAACUGAUGGGAUGCUGGUGAGAGAGAUGAUGGCUGAUCCUUUAUUAACAAGAUACAGUGUCCUCAUGCUGGAUGAAGCCCAUGAAAGGACUCUCUAUACAGAUAUUGCCAUUGGCUUAUUAAAAAAGGUUCAAAAGAAGCGUGGGGAUCUUCGACUGAUUGUGGCUUCAGCCACCUUGGAUGCAGAGAAAUUCAGGGAUUUCUUUAAUCAAAAUGAGACCGGUGACCCCAGCAAAGAUACCAGUGUGAUCCUUACUGUUGAGGGGAGAACAUUUCCAGUGGACAUCUUUUACAUCCAGAGUCCUGUUCCAGACUAUAUAAAAUCAACUGUGGAAACUGCAAUGAAAAUUCACCAGAUGGAGAAUGAUGGUGAUAUACUGGCAUUUUUAACCGGCCAG